AUGAAUAAUGUUGGAGAACAAUAUAGAUCAAUGUAUAACAACUUGGCUUUUGACCCUAAUAACCUUGCUAACCUUGACCAAGACUUACCAAACUAUAUUCAAAACUAUGUCCCUAUCUUUUCACUUCCUCAAGAAUGGCUUUGGUGCGAGUCAUGGUGUAAUCAAAAGGUUAAAUCAAAAGCUAAAACAAUAGAUUUAUGUAGUAAUCCUAUUAAGCCAUUAGGCAAAAUAGAGAGUGCUCUAAAAUAUAUUGAAGAAUGGAAAAGUUACGAUGAAAUUACAAUCAAAAAUAUGUAG